GAUGGUUCAGCGCGGAUGAAGGCUGUCUGUUUGCCCCCAGGUGGUGGCCUGCCACUCUACUCAGCUGCUGGCAUUUUCAUUCAGGCUUCUGCCAGGGCAGCCUUUUGUCAGGCAGGGCCUUGUGAUGAAUUCCAGCUGCCUGUGUUGUCAGAGAGACUUAGCCUGAGUGCGGCUGAAACAGCAAGCAGGAGCAGCUCUACCAGCAUGGCCGGUAAGAUCCAAUCCCUAACAGCGGAGGAGAGAGAGCACUUGCUCCCGAUACUACGCAAUGCGCAGUGGGUAGAGGUGGUGGGGAGGGAUGCCAUCUACAAAGAGUUUAUCUUCAAAGACUUCAACCAGGCUUUUGGAUUCAUGUCACGAGUUGCACUGCAGGCCGAAAAGAUGGACCAUCAUCCUGAGUGGUUCAAUGUUUAUAAUAAGGUCCAGAUUACACUGAGCACACAUGACUGCGGAGGUCUCUCACAACGUGACAUCACACUGGCCACCUUCAUUGACCAGGCCUCAAUCCUCUGAAACACCACCAAACAGGCACAUCAACAACAACUAUCUCCUCCAUGGAACUCAGAGACCUGCAAUCACGCAAAAACAACAUUCAGGAGUCUGUUAUUGCAUGUCGAAUAGUGAAAUUCCCAAAAUCCCUCAACUGGUAAUUAAUAAACUAAUGGACAUUUUAUCAAAAAAAUUCUUGCUAGAAAAAAUCCAGAUCCAGGCACUCAAGUGGAUUAAAAUUUUAAAAAGCCUUUAUUUUAUUGGGCUACAAGCAUUUAAAAACCAAGUCUGACAUGUAUCGGCUUGGGCCUUGACUGAUGUUAACAAAGUUUCCAUGGAGAAACAUGUAGGAUCAAAGACAUUCCUGCCUUCACCUCUAUUUGUUAGUGACCUCCCCAAAAUGAAUGAUUCAGGAUCUGGUUGAUAACAGUGAUGCAGUACGAUAGCAAAAGAAAUCAUAAUUUCAUGUUAAAAUGUGCUGCUAUACAUUCCAUUUGAAUAAUUUCAAAGAAUGCAUUUGUACAUCAGCGUCAGAAGUUUUAAUUUUACAUCUAUAAACAAACUAUAUUAUUUUACCUUGUCAAGUUUUUUUUUUUUUUAAAAGAAAAGGUUAUUGAGACCUUUUAACAAAUUUUAAUGAUGAACAGCCGUUUCAUUGCAUUAUUACUUGUUGGUAGAGUUUUAACUUAACUUUAACUUUAACUGCAGAAAUGUUGUGCCUUCCCCUGUGAUGUUUUCUCUUGUUAUGCUGGUGAAUGGGGGCCAUGUUGUAACCUUUGUAGAGCCUUUUGUGCGCAGAAGCUAAAUAAAAUGGGAUAUUACGUCCAAAACACA